AACGUAACCUAAGUCGAGCGGUUAAUCUUCAAAGGGAAUUGACGUAAACCCAAGAGAUGGAAAAUUUUAACUCCGAACCUAUGAGAUGAAAGCUUUGGCCAAUCACAGACUUACAAACUAUCACGAGGGUUUUGUUGAUGCUUUAAGCGAAAAACAUGGCGGAAGAUUUGACUACGUCUGACUGCAAAUUAAUUGCAGAAGUACAACAACAUCCGAUUUUAUGGGAUAAUAGAAAAAAAGAAUAUCGAAUGAAAAGAGGACAAGACGUUGCUUGGCUACUGGUUGCCGAAAGACUGAACCGAGAUGUUGAAGAGGUUACUUACCGGUGGCAGAAUCUGCGUAAGCAAUAUAGCCGAAGAAAAACAAAAUGCAAAAGUGGAGCUAGUGCAGAGUCUGCAGAGCAGCAAUGGCAUCUGAUGCCCCAAAUGUCAUUUUUGGAUCCAUGUAUCCGCCAUCGAAGGACACAGACAAACUUUCAAGGAAACAAAGAAUUCGAGGAGCUUAAUUUCACAGUAGAAUCUGUUGUCUCCGAGUCUUCAGAUAAUAUUGAAUAUCCGACAGAACCUGAAUAUGUGGAGCCAUCUGUUAUUCGCGUUAUGUCCUCAUUGAUUUGA